GCACCACCACCUCGAGCAGCCUGCUCGAGGCGAUCCUGACUAUUCGACAGCCACAACAGAUGCCGAACCAAAACAUGCAGUUUAAAUUAUUCAUAGUGACUUUAGUGCUCCACUGUACCACCGGAGAAUAUUUUAAAACGAAACCAAGUUUCGUGAAGACAUGUUUCAAAAGCGAUCCAGACUUCGACGUUUGUUCACGGCAAGCCGUACAACAACUAUUCGAUGCAUUAGGUCCAGGUCUGCCAGAAAUUGGAAUGGAACCUUUAGAUCCUCUAAAAAUACCGAAAAUAAGGAUCCUACAAGGUGAAGGCCCAGUGAACGUGAAUGCUGCACUCGAUGACGUCACUGUUACAGGUUUUGGAAAGACAGAAGUAUUGUCGAGCCAAGUCGACGGUAAAACCUACGACUUUCACACAAAAGUACGUGUUCCGAAAAUCAGAAUAGAAGGAACGUAUGAUUUGAAAGGAAAAAUAUUGUUGAUACCUUUGGUCGGCCGCGGCUUAUGUUGGUUUGAGCCGACAAACAUGACAAUUGAUAUUAUCAGUGAUACAAAGUUAUACAACAAGGAUGACUUCGUGUUUUUCAACGUCACUGGGGCACAUGUAAAAUACAAUAUCGGAGGAUUAAAACUGCGUAUGAAUAACUUAUUUGACGGCAUUGAAUCGUUGGAGGAGAGUACCAACGCCUAUUUGAAUGCAAAUUGGCGACCAGUAUCUGAAUCUUUGCGACCAAUAUUAUCAAAAACCAUAGAAGACAUUUUACUUGGUUUUAUGCAGAGACUGUUUCACAAUUUACCAGGAGACUUCAUGAUUGGAGACGUCAAAAAUAAUUGGCCUAGUAAAAAGAUUGAGAAGAAAGUUUAGGAUUAAACAUAGGUCUAUUGUACUUACAAAUAAUUAUUUAAAAAAACUACUUACUUAAUUUGUUAUAUUAAGUUAAACUUUAAAACAUGUUUUUACUUUAGAUAAAUCUUUAAGUUUAAUGUGGAUGAUGGAUGCAUGACAUUGUAUGCCUGAGUAGGUAUAAUCAAUGAGAUUAAAAAAAAAUCAAAGUAUUUUAUUAUAAGUUGUAGGUACUGUAUUAUUUGUUAUAAAGAAAAUAUAUUAUAAUUUUGAAACGAAAACUAUGUGAACUGGUAGUCGAUUGAUUGAAAUGUAUAUAAGAUCAGAACGUUUUGUUAUUUUGACUGAAAACCGG